AUGGAGGGCACAGCAAAUAUAGUGAUUUACCACAACAGUGAGGUCAUACGAAAUACGUAUGAGGGUGUGAGCUUUGCGUGUGAGAAUAUGUUUUUGUUUGUCGUUCCAUGCACUAUAACGUUCGUGGAAUUACAGUACAGGCUUUGUCAAAGCAUAGAGGCUGAUAUUGUAAAGAGGGUGACCAACAGUCUCUACAAAAGUCCGGUUGUCGUUUUUGGCGGCCUGAUACAGUUUGAGCAAACUCAGGUGCAACACCCGAGGAUUGAGUUGUACGUUGAGUUUGAGCAUAUUAUUGCAGAUGAGGUUCAACAUGACCCAAAUGUACAAGAUGACAGAGUUGAGGCGUACUUGGGAAUGAACGAUGAUAACGAUAAGGAGUUCGAAGCUACGUACGAAGCUGGUGAUGAGGACGAGGACGACGAUGGGGGAGGUGAGGUUGUGGCGAAAACUUUAGUGGUUCCAUCCGCACGGAUCAAUGAACGACAAAUUUGUUUUCUUAUAGGUGUUGCUGAUCCUGAGGAUGGGGAGUUUAGGAUCGGAAUGGAAUACGGUUUAAGAAAAUCAAUCAUUGCAGCAAUUCGGAGUUAUACUAUCUCCAGAGGAGUCGAUUACGUUGUUUAUGAAUCUGAGUCACAGAUGUUCUAUGCAAAGUGCAAGACUUAUGGACGUAGGUGCGACUGGCUUAUCCGAGCCAGCUUGAUACAAAAGAAAGCCUGUUGGGAGAUUCAGAGAUACAACGGGAGGCACACGUGUUCCAUGGGAACGAUCUCACAGGAUCACUCCAAGUUAGACUCGGACACGAUUGUUGAGGAUAUGAAGCCAUUGGUUGAAUCUGACCCAUCCAUAAAGGUCAAAUCUAUAAUUGUGGAGGUCCAGGCAAGAUUCAACUACACUAUUAGUUACCGGAAGGCUUGGCUGACAAAGCAGAAGUCGAUAGCCAAGAUUUUUGGUGGAUGGGAAGAAUCUUACCAAGCUUUACCGUUGUGGUUCUUGGCGAUGGUUCAAAAGAUGCCUGGUUCACAAGUCCAAAUAGAAACACGACUACUGUAUAACGGGAGUCAAGAGGUAGACGAUAUUAGGAUACUUCAUCGGGUAUUCUGGAGUUUCAAUCCAUGCAUAAGAGCUUUCAAAUAUUGCAAGCCGCUGGUUCAGGUUGACGGGACUCACUUAUACGGAAAAUAUAAAGGUUGUCUUUUGGUUGCAGUUGCGCAAUAUGGGAAUAAAAACAUUAUAUCAAUUGCUUUUGCCAUUGUAGAGGGUGAGACUGCUAAUGCGUGA